CGACUAAAAAACUGCAAAGGCGACGCAGCGACGGCCCAGAGUCCGCAUAACUUUCGUCGCUAAGGAACAGGGCCUCUACUGCAAGGAAGCCCUAUCCUCACAAUCGUCUGUAGAAUGAGGCUGGUACUCCUCGCGGUGGUGCUGCUGGUUGGGAGCGGUGUCGCUGCCGCGCAGCAGGCUUCACCCGCUGCCGACGCACCUGGAAUUUUGCGCAAGACGCUUCGCGGUACCUUAGCGCAAGUGACCCUGGACGACGACGGUGGUGAGCAGUGGGCGAUUGUCAGCGAGAGCGAUGGCACCAUCCAGCCCUUUGCCCGCGGCGUGCGCCCCCCGAAGAAGGACAAGAACGGCAAUGACAUCACCGCCGGCGCCGUGGUGGGACUGAGUUGCCCCACCGACUCGACCGGCUCGUGCACCUACGUGUCGUCGUCUGACACGACGCUACUGGCGGGCGGCGCCACGCCCGGCGCCGCCACCAGCAAGGUGGUGCAGCGCAACCUCAUCAUCAACAUUGACUACGCCUCCUGCAACUACUCCGCCAGCCACAACGAGAGCAGCCUGCGCACGCUGUACCUGGGCGCCGCGGGCGAUGGCACGGGCGGCCACGCGCUCAAGUUCGAGCAGUGCUCGUACGGCGGCCUGACCAUGAACGCCACAGCAUUCACCGUUGUUACCGUACAGCCCAACUGCACCGCGGCGAUCCUCGUCAACUGCUCUUACUCUGGGAUCUCUAACGGCGCGGACGCGGCCGCCAAGGCCAUUCUGGGCACCACCGCCUUUUCCUCCUUCACGCACUACACCUACAUCCUGCCGCCUGGUUUCGAGAGCAUCUGCGGCUGGUCCGGCCUGGCGCUGCUGCCCGGCAAGCAGACGUGGCUGCAGACCUCCUCGUACGGCGUAAGCCGCUGGGCCACCGCCAUGCAAGAGGGCAUCCACAACUACGGCCUGUGGCACUCGUGGCUGGGCACCGCCGAGUACAAUGACUAUAGCACCUCCAUGGGCCGCGGCAACUCCUGCCCCAACGCGCCCGAGCUGAGCUACAUGAAGUGGGCCACGCCCGUGACCGGCGGCUCCGCGCUCAACGCCUCGCUGCUGCCUGUGGGCCAGGCCGUCACGUUUAACCUGCCCGCCACCUACCUCACCGGCACUGGCAACUUCCUUCGGGUUGUGCCUGACUGGAUCCCCAACUACUUGUACAACGUGUACAUUGCCGUACGCGCGAACAAGAUCGGCGACAGCGCCCUCGGCAACGGCUACGCCAACCGUAUCAACGUGCAUUACCUCAACGCGUCGCUGGACAAUCAACGGUGGAACGGCAACUACACCUACCAGUACAAGGACCGCAAGAUCACAGUGCUGAACACCACCCAAGUCAAUGUAACCACGGACCUGCCCGACUACAAUUUGGUCGUGUACGGCGGCUCCUGGGUCGGCACCGACAUCAUGCGGAUGUACAUCUGCCGGUACAGCCUCUCGCGUGCCGAGUGCCCGGCCAGUGCGGCCGUGCUGCAGGCAACGGCGUCGCCCCCGCCCUCGCCGUCUCUGCCCCCGUCCCCUUCGCCACCCUCCCCUAGCCCUCCGUCUCCCUCGCCGCCUCCUCCGAAGCCCCCGUCCCCCUCGCCUCCCUCGCCUAGCCCUCCGUCUCCCUCGCCUCCUCCUCCGAAGCCCCCGUCCCCCUCGCCUCCUUCUCCACCGCCUCCGCCGCCCCCGUCCCCUCCCAAGGUUACCGGCGGCGGUAACAACAAGAACAAGGGUCGCCGCAUGCUGCGGCGGGCUGGACAGCAGUAGACAGCGGGCACCGCCGCAUUGGGCGGCCCGUGCAGCUCAACAAACAAACACGUGGUGAUUCAGGUCCUGUGAUUUUGGAGCAUCAGGCAUUCUUUUCAGGCGCUGAAACGUGCCACACAUUGUGCUGAUUAUUAGUCGUAUCAUAUUCAUGUAGGUUGCCUGGUUACCGUAUGUGGGUUCCCAGGGAGACACAAGGGGACACUUUGUUGCGUGCCGACGCGGCGUGUGUGUAUCGAAAGUCGGAAAUCAUUAGUCGGGAAGCUUAUUUCAUAUACAUAAUGCAGUGGCCUUCACCAGCUACAUGAUGAAGAGAUGGUCUUGCACAAAUACAUACAUAACGCGCCAACGGGUGACGAUAGGACACUCAUGCACAACUCGGCUGCCGCAAGGCAGUGAUGGCGCAGGCCGUACGGAUGGGACUCGUUUGUUGUGGAGGUCGCAGUAGUGUGUGCUGGCUACUCAGGCUGACUCGGCGGGCUCGGGUCGUGAAAGGUCCUCAGGUCGACAUGGACAGGGUUGGUGAUUCAGCCAGCGGUGAUGGUACAUGCGGUGAUGCGGUCACGGUCCAGCUGCACAUAGUCACCGGAGUGUUGGACUGGACGAUAUUGAGAAAUCCAGAGAGUGAGUGCAUACUUGGAUGAUGCGACCGCAAAGGCUCCCACCCCUCCCCUUCGGGGGAAGGGCAACUGGGCAAGCCAACCAGUGAGUGCAUAUUUGGACGGAGGCUUCGCCGCGGGUGAGACCAGGUGAGACCGAGUUGAUUGGGUGUGGGUAGGUCACCUGCGAGCGCUGGAGAGUCAGGAAUCGCAGAGCUCAGAGCUUCGCCCAGGUCGUGGCCUUCGUCAUACUAAUACGGGAUGGCGCAUCCGUAGCUACCAGUUGAAUGGGGCUGGGGCAGUCUAGGGUAGCUUGGGCUUGGUGUCGCCACAGGGCGGGACUGGGAAUCCCGCAGAAGUGCGUGAGGAGCAGUGGAAGGGGAGCACUUGAACACUGCAACAGUACUCCCGUCACACCGUUCAUUUGUCGGGCUUUCUGCUUUCGAAACUUUGCGCUCUCGUGCAGUACUAUGGCCUCACAUGGGGGGACAAGGGGAUGGGCAGGGGGUUGACCGUGUCACAUUGACACCCACCAUAUCGAGCU